AUGGGAAUUUUUUACAUUUUCCCUGUUUUCAUUGUUUCUUUACAAAGAGUCAACAGACCAGAAAAUUGGCCUUUUUGAGGAUUUCUGCCUCUGGAAGAAACUGUUGGUUAACGAAGCUGUUGACAAAAGUUGGAGUCAAAGAUUUUUGCCUUGGAGACAGAGUGUGUGUGUGUGUGUAUUAGUGUUUGGAUAAUGUGAGGGUGUUCUUGCAGUUUUGUCAGGACCUUAUUGUGCUUAUUUAUGUAACUUCUGUACACAAGUAGUUCACCGUGUGUGUGUGAUGCGUGGUUGUGAAGCUGCAAGCUGUCUGUCUGUCUUUGGCGCACACAGACACAGGGAGGGUCAGACAUGUGUUUCCAUGGCGACGAGCGGCUGUAGCCCCUUCCCCACGUGUUGGGACAGAGAAUAUGACAGACACCUAGCAGCCGCAGUGUCAGCAGGGAAGACCAUGGCGACUGCCUACCUGGACCCCAACCUGAAUCAUGCCCUGCUGGGAGGCGCCAAGUCACGGCUGAGCACAGGGGCGUCAGACCGAACCAUGGCCGGCUCCUUGGACAGGGUUCUCAAAGUUUUUCAUCACUUUGAGACCAACACUGAGAACAGCUGCUGGUCGUCCAAUAUCAGAUAUGGAGAUGCAACUGAUGUCAGGGGAAUCAUCCAGAAAAUUCUGGACAUACACAAAGUGCGCUGGACAUCUUGUUUCGGCCUGCGUCUUAGCAACAGCCAGUCCAGAGACCAGGUGCACUGGCUCCACCCUGAUAUGGGCGUUUCCCACGUCAGAGAGAAAUAUGAACAGGCACGACCAAAUGAGGAGUGGAGGUAUGAAUUAAGGAUCCGGUAUCUUCCAAAGGGCUUUGUGCAGCAGUUUACAGAAGACAAACCUACACUCAACUACUUCUACCACCAGGUGAAAAAUGACUACAUGACAGAGAUCGGGGAUCAGGUGGAACAAGAUGUAGCUCUCAAACUGGGCUGUCUAGAAAUCAGGAGGUUCUUCAAAGAGAUGAGAGGAAAUGCCCUGGAUAAGAAAUCCAACUAUGAACUACUGGAGAAAGAUGUUGGUUUGAGGCGUUUUUUCCCAAAAGACCUGCUGGAUUCAGUCAAGGCUAAAACUCUUCGCAAGUUGAUCCAGCAGACGUUUAAGCAAGUCGCAAGUCUCAACGACGAGCAGUGCAUCCUGAAGUUCUUGGAGAUACUUGCGCCAGUCCACCGCUACGACAAGGAGUGCUUCAAAUGUGCCCUCGGGUCCAGCUGGGUGAUCCAGGUGGAGCUAGCUAUUGGGCCAGAGGAAGGGAUCAGCUACCUCACUGACAAGGGAUCCACUCCUACCCAUCUAGCUAACUUCAACCAAGUUCAGUCCAUCCAGUACUCAGCUAUGGAGGAGAAGGACAGGAAAGGCAUGCUACAGCUCAAUGUAGCCGGGGCUCCUGAGCCUCUCACAGUUACAACAGCAUCACUGACCAUGGCGGAAAACUUGGCUGACUUGAUUGAUGGUUACUGUCGGCUUGUCUCCAUGGAAACUCAUUCCUUCAUUGUCAGAGUUCAGAAAGAGGGAGAGAGAGCACUGCCUUCCAUCCCAAAACUAUCUAACAAUGAGAAAAAGUUAGAAGCAGUCAGGAGUGGAGUAAGAGCGAUCUCCGUCUCAGACCUAGUGACAUCGACACCUCCUAAGCCAACCAAGGCGCGGCGUUUCCUCCUCCCCUUUGUCUUCUGUUCAGAUUCGCCGCCCAAUGAAGAUCUUAGUGGGGAUGAGACCGAUGACUAUGCGGAGAUAGUUGAUGAAGAGGACACAUACACCAUGCCCUCCAUGAGCUAUGGAAUAGUUGAAGCACGGGACUAUGAGAUCCAGAGGGACAGGAUAGAGUUAGGUCGCUGCAUUGGAGAGGGUCAGUUUGGAGAUGUACACCAAGGAGUAUAUAACAGCCCGGACAAACCAGCUCUACCUGUCGCCAUAAAGACCUGUAAGAACUGUACCUCAGACAGUGUGAGAGAAAAGUUCUUGCAAGAAGCAUUGACAAUGCGUCAGUUUGACCACCCUCACAUUGUUAAGCUGAUCGGAGUGAUCACGGAGAACCCGGUGUGGAUCAUCAUGGAGCUCUGCACUCUUGGAGAGUUACGCUCAUUCCUUCAGGUGAGGAAGUACAGUCUGGACCUGGCCACUCUCAUUCUGUUUGCCUACCAGCUCAGUACGGCACUAGCCUACCUGGAGAGCAAACGCUUUGUACACAGGGACAUCGCAGCCCGUAACGUGCUGGUCUCUUCAGUCGACUGUGUGAUGCUCGGAGACUUUGGUCUGUCAAGAUACAUGGAAGACAGCUCUUACUACAAAGCUUCUAAAGGUAAACUUCCUAUCAAGUGGAUGGCACCUGAAUCUAUCAACUUCAGAAGAUUCACCUCUGCGAGUGAUGUCUGGAUGUUUGGUGUGUGCAUGUGGGAGAUCUUGAUGUACGGCAUUAAGCCCUUCCAGGGGGUGAAGAACAAUGACGUGAUUGGCAGGAUAGAAAACGGCGAGCGACUGGCUAUGCCUCCUCAGUGCCCGCCCACCCUCUACAGCUUGAUGACCAAAUGUUGGUCAUAUGAUCCCAGCAAGAGACCACGAUUCACCGAACUGAAAACACAGCUCAGCACCAUACUGGAGGAAGAGAAGAUGCAACAAGAGGAGAGACUUCGAAUGGAGAUGAGGAGACAGGUCACUGUGUCCUGGGACUCUGGAGGGUCUGACGAAGCACCGCCUAAACCCAGUAGACCAGGUUACCCCAGUCCUCGCUCCAGUGAAGGCUUCUUCUCCAGCCCACAACUUAACCACUUUCCGCCAUCAGCUCAUGGUGGUGUAGGAGGAGUAGGAGGCAGCUACCCUCCUUCCGAUUCCUGGAAUCAGCACAGACCUGAGCACACUGCACUAUGGAACCCGAGCAUGGAGGACAGUGGAUGUGUGGGCCAGGCUCUGAUGGAGGAGAGGCUGAUGAUGCAGCAGCAACAGAUGGAGGAUGACCAGCGGUGGCUGGAGCAGGAGGAGAGCUUCAUGAAGGCAGAGUCCAGAAACAGCAGAGGAAGCAUUGACAGAGAAGAAGGCACACUACAAGCACCGGGUGGAAGCCAACAUAUCUACCAGCCUGUAGGGAAACCAGAGCAUGUGGCUCCUCCUAAGAAGCCGCCCCGCCCUGGAGCUCCUGGUCACCUAGGCAACCUGCCCAGUCUCUGCCCUGUGGACAGCUACAACGAGGGUGUCAAGUUGCAGCCUCAGGAGAUCAGUCCGCCUCCCACCGCCAACUUGGAUCGUUCUAACGACAAAGUGUAUGAGAAUGUGACGGGACUGGUUAAAGCUGUGAUCGAGAUGUCCAACAGGAUUCAGCCUGCAGCACCAGAGGAGUAUGUCCCCAUGGUGAAGGAGGUGGGUCUGGCUUUGAGGACUCUGCUCGCGACGGUAGAUGAGACGAUUCCUGCGCUGCCAGCCAGCACACACAGAGAGAUUGAGAUGGCCCAGAAGCUGUUGAAUUCAGAUCUGGCAGAGUUAAUAGCGAAGAUGAAACUGGCCCAACAGUACGUCAUGACAAGUUUACAAAAGGACUACAAGAAACAGAUGCUAAUGGCAGCUCACGCCCUCGCAGUCGACGCCAAGAACCUGCUGGACGUCAUCGACCAAUCACGACUCAAGAUGAUCACCCAGACCCACCCGCAUUAGCCCAGGAUCCAGUCAAGCCUGGGGAGGGGGAGGGGGAGUGGGGGCCAGGAGAUUAUGUUGCUGUGGACACAGGUAGUACAGCGGAUAUCAGUGAUGGAUGGAAAAAAAACAAAAACUGACUGAUGGACAGCAGACAUGACUGACUGAAACAAUCAGCUCCCUCUCCUCCUCCCUCAAACAUUCAUUGCUUCCUUUUCUCUUCGGCAUCAGUCACAUUUUGGUCAAUAUUGUGUUGUUCUGUACUUUUGUCGCAUUAUUUUUGCUUUUGUAUCCAGAGAAACGCUCUUCUCUCCCAUCACGUAUCCUCAAAAAUCAGCCAUUACUACUUUUUAAUCUUUGAAGAAUUAAGCUGAGGUUUCUGAGGCUCGUUUGCAGGACUGCACAGAUUUAUUUUGGUGAAUGGACGCACCAUGACUUGCCACAAAAACAUAAGACUAACACUCUCCACGUACACAGGAUGUAACAACUGGAACUGAAGAGCCAGAAUGAGGAGGAUAAUGAAGAGGAUUUCAUAAUGUUGUUGUUUAAACAUGCUUUUAUAUCACUAUUAAUUAUUAUUAUUACUACUAUUUUCAACCUUGACUCUUACAAUAUGUCAGUUUUUCAGUCUUCCUCUUGAAACUCAUGAGCGAAAAUGAUUGAUUCACAGUACAGCUGCUCAUAAAUGUCAUGAUUUCUUCACUUUCUUUCUCCAUCUUCCUCACUAGAUCUCUCUAUCUCAGGCAUCAAGACAUGGCAUAAAAAUUAAAUACGAAAGCUGAAUUUUGAAGAACAAACUAAAUGUCUUUUUAUGAAAAAAACAUGAUUUAAAAAACUGCCACAGGCCACUUUUUAAGUUAACUACAUAGUAAAUAUUCAAAGAAGCUAUAUUUUUAACACAUUUCAGAAGCAUGAGUUGUUAGUGAAUAAGGGAGAGGGAUAAACUUGGAGUGGGGGGGGGGGGGGGGGGGGGUGUUAGGGGGGUGGAGGGGUGAGAGGUGGAGCGAGGGUCGUUUUUAAGUUACCACGGAGGUGCUAAUUACACUGUACAGUAGGUCGCCUUGUGCAAAAUGAGCUGCAAUUGACUGAAAAAAGGACCAUUUCACUCAAAAUACUCUGAUACUGGUUUAUUGUUUUUAGCAGCAACUCAGUGUAAAAUUCUUAGUUGGUUACUUUGUUGCUUGCAUCAUCGUCGUGUCGUGUUUUUGGUUCCUGUUUUCCUGUUUGUCUUCACAUGGAUGUUCACUCAGCAACACGCGGUGCAAGAUCUCAUUUACACUCUCUGUUGGUUCAUAUUUAGAGCAGAAUUCAACAUUAAUAAUAAUCUGUUAGUCUUUAUUAGGGGUUGAAUUAAAGCUACAGCUUUUAUUUACAACUGAAAGUUAAUUGGAUCUCAGUUUUGACUUUUUUUUUUUUUCCUAUGGAUGCAUCAAAAUGGGGAGGGACACAGGCCUUAUUCAAAUGGUUUAUAAUUUAAAAUGUUAAUCUCCAACAUGAUUUAUCCUUAUUUCUUCUGUAUCAGUCUUCCUGUCCUCUGUCUUUCUACCUCCUCUGCUGGAGUUAUUUAUACCUUUAUUCCCGCUCUUCCUCUGGUCUGCCACCCUGCAUUUCUCCCUCCGUUACCCAUGCUCUGUCCUCCUCUCCUCCCUCUCUGAUUCUCUCUCCAUUCCACUGUUCCCUCUCCCCUGAGGCGAGCAGUAUUCUCAGGAAGGAGCCACAUGUACAGUUGCUAAACCAAGCAAAUAAAAACACUGUUA